ACCCAGCUGCUUGAAACACACUAUGCCGGACUGGGACCCUAUAUAAGCUUUGACAGUUGUCAAGUGGAGGACACUGGCUAUUUGCACUCUGGAGCAACGCGAUUUAGGGGAUUUACUGCACUCAAAAAUACCCAAGUAGUGCAAUGUCUCACGCAUGGGGAUACGCACGGGACAAUGGACCCGACAAAUGGGUUGAAGGCUUCCCAAUUGCCGACGGACCCCGCCAGUCUCCUAUUGACAUCAUACCUGGCGAGGCUGUUUUCGACGCAGCCCUGAAGCCGCUCACCCUGAAGUACGAUCCUGCCACCUCAAUUGACAUUCUCAACAACGGACAUUCCUUCCAAGUUACUUACGCUGAUGACAACGACCUUUCAACUCUGACAGGGGGACCUGUCUCUGGGACGUACAGGCUGAAGCAGUUCCACUUCCACUGGGGUGCUAGUGAUGACAGGGGUUCUGAGCACACUGUGGCUGGGACCAAGUACGCUGCCGAGCUUCACCUGGUUCACUGGAACACUAAGUACCCAAGUUUUGGUGAUGCUGCUAGCCAAUCUGAUGGCCUUGCUGUUGUAGGAGUCUUCCUUCAGGUUGGUACCGAAAAUCCCAGUCUUCAGAAGGUCCUUGAUGUUUUUGAUGCCAUUAAGGCUAAGGGCAAGCAGACCUCGUUCGAGAACUUUGAUCCCACCAUCCUGCUCCCCCAGUCGCUAGACUACUGGACAUACGACGGUUCACUGACCACACCCCCUCUGCUGGAAAGUGUCACAUGGAUUGUCUGCAAACAGUCAAUCAGUGCCAGCCCUGAUCAGUUGAACAAAUUCCGGAGCCUUCUCUUUUCCGAAGAGGGUGAAGCAGCCUGCCACAUGGUGGACAACUACCGCCCCCCUCAGCCCCUCAAGGGCCGCGUUGUGCGUGCAUCCUUCAAAUAAAUCCCCUUGCUUAGUGAGACACCCAGACGUGUCUCCCCUGCAGUGAAGCUACAGAGCACAUGUUUAUCCGUCCAUUCGUUUUGUUGUUGUAAUGAAAUCACAAACCACUUCCUUACCACCCCAUAUCCACCAGUAAAGGUUCACCUUUCUGUGAUGGAAAUUCAAAGGAAGAAGCACUUUAGGGGUUUACCUUUUUUGUAUCCUCUCCUCUUUUGGGCCAUAACAAUCCAGCAAAGCUCUGAUAUAUUUAUUUCCCAAGACAAGCCCUCCACAUGGCGGCUAUAAUGUGACAGAUACCCCAUGAUUUGGCAUCUGGUGCCAAUGAUGUAGACAGCUUUGUAGUUUUUAAUAGAUUUAUAUAGUGGAUAGUACAUUUGUCAGCAAACAAAGCUUGCUAAGCAAUUAAUGAUAUAGAAAUGUAGCUGGGAUAAUGUUCUGGAUGAUUCAGUUGGAGAAAAACUAGCAGACCUGACUAGCUGUCAGUGGCAGGCCCGGGGUGGAUGAAACUGCUUCACCAUCUGUGAGUAGGGCAAGACACACAUAUACAGUACACACAUACACAAACACACGCACACAUCCUGACAGGCUGUCUGUAAUCUCUGACUGACUGCUUGCCUCGAGAUCACGGCAGCUUAAUGAAACACAGCGGUCGUGUCCAUCACACCCGAUUGAACCAGAAAAUCCCCUUCGGGCACACACAGAAACACACACACACAGUAUGCCUGUAGGACUUAACUCGUGAGGCUAGUGCUGUCAUUUCAAUGAUGUUCAUUUUCUUUGUUUCAUUAGAAAGCAAAUAUAAAUGACAAUGUUUUUAGCUUGACAGCUUAAAUGCUAAAAUUUGAUUUGAUUCCUGAAUUUUCUUUUAUAUCAGAAAGCUGCUCAGUAUUUUAUGUUUUGUAUUGAUUGCUUGAAAACGGAAGGGGAAGCGGAUGACCCCUUUCACACUUUAUGAAUUGUUUAAUGUGACGCUCCCAAUGCAAUUAGGUUUUACAGCCAAGGAAGAAUCAACCAGAUGCAAAAAAACAUUAAGCGUUGUAGUGUCCGCAGGUUGUUGGGCCUUUUUAUUGAUGAAUUAUGAAUGAUGAAGCAUCACCUUUAAAAUUGGAACUCAGAAUUAUGCAAAUUAGCAGCUCUUUUUUAAUAGAAUGCUAGUGACAAUGAAUCAUGUCUGUCUUAACCAAAUUGUAUUUGAUAAUUAAAUGUACUUUAAAUUCCCUAUGCCAGUCAUAAUUAAAGGGCGGCCCUGGGAGUUAGUCUUGCUGUUCAGCUAUUUUCGGAAGUUGGGAUUUUAUUUAGUUGAAUAAAUAUAUUUUAUGGAAA